GGAGAAAUGCGACCCACCAUGGCCUGGUUCCUGUUCUUCCAGCUGGUUUUGGGGCCAACUCUUCUCAUGGGCAUCAAGACAAAGGAGACCAUCAAGAACUUCCGUACCUUAAACAUAGACUAUCCCAGAGUUAAAUUCCCCAAGAGUUUCCUUGGUUACUGUAAUGGUCUGAUGACCCAUGUAAGGGGUGCAAGCCAGUCCCCAGCUUGCCCAAAAAUCCAUUAUGUGAUUCAUGCCCCCUGGGAAGUGUUGCGGGCCUUCUGCAAGCACAGUGAAAACUUCUGUGAGAAUUACAACGAGUAUUGUACACUCACUACAGACACUGUGCCCCUCACAAUCUGCACCCUGAGCAUCAAUCAGCCACCCACUAGCUGCCGCUACAAUACUACCAUAACCAACCAAAAGCUUUACCUGCUCUGUUCACAAAAGAAAGAUGCAGAACCAGUGGGUGUCAUUGGUAUCUACUAG